CGGCGGUAAAAAAAUACUUCACAAUUUUUCAAGUCAAAUUUGCCUGAAAAUUGAGGACAAUUUGUUUCUAGUCAACUUUUGAAGUGAAAUUGCAUUCUGAUUUGGGCAGUAAAUUUAUGUCAAAUUUAAUAGCAAGUGGCAUACAAUUAUCGUAAAAAAUGGAAAAGACCAAAGUUGUCGGAAAUUUGACGAAAAAUUCAAGGAAACUUUUGUAAAGUAAACUUUUGCCAAAUAAACUGUGCUAUCAGGCUUUGACCCAAGCUGCCAAGUCUAAUUAAUUAUUUGAAUUAAUAUUAAUAGCAAUAACAAUUUUUGCACGAGUUAUUUUGUUCAAUGCAAUUAUAGUUUCAAAAGUUGCUUGAAAUUGUUUGUUAAAAAAAAAAAUUAAAGGAUUUUUGAUUGACGAUGGCCGAUUUUUCUUUAAGCAGCGAUGGCUUUGAUCUCGAAGAUACUUCAAAUUUUCGACAAUCGGUCCCAAUUGGGACUAAUGGCUUACCGCAUUUAAAUGAAAAACAAAGUCAAAGCAAAUCAACCAAGGAAACAGACAAGAGCGAUAAUGUUCCUGAGCCUGAUAUAAGUACAUCCAGAAUGGACUCAUUUGCUUUAAAAAGUGCAUUGUUUUUAAAAAUUACUCCUACAGAAUUAGAAAAGUACUUAUGUACAAAUUAUAGUACGAAAAUGAUUCUACAGGUUUGCAAAGAAAAAGUUUUAACCAAUCAACAGAGUGAUGCGGUAGUGGAUGUAAUCGUAAAUCAAUUACUUUUGAUUCACAAUAAAUGGGAACAUUCCCAUUUUGCAACACUGACUGAAAAUAUAACUAAAAUUUUCACUCAGGAAACUCCAUUAACUUAUUUCACCGCUCCCAUAAAAAAACAAGAUUCCAAAACGGGACAAUCGAUUCCCCCUAAGGGUAAAUUCUCUGAUAAAUUUAAAAAUAUUUUAAGUGCAAGUCGAAAACUUACUGGAUUAAUUAAAAAACGAAAGGGGUCGUCAUUAAAUUCAUCGGAAAAAGUUCCAAGAUUUACAGAUCAAUCCAUUGAUAUUCAGAGAAGCGUUAAAUGGUUAUCAGAAAAUGAUAGUCCAGAAGAUGAACUUUUGGUUCACUGGGAUGCAACAUCGAAAUACCGUAAUAAAUGGAUAAUGGGCAAUAACUUCUCUCCGCUGAGUCAUAUUUUUACUCAAUGGCCACAAUUAACAGAUGAAAAAUUAGCACCAAGACUCGUCGAUAUUGACUUUGCAAAUUUGUAUGAUUGUACUCAAUUAGAUAGUAAAAAAUGGUUUAACUUCGUUGAAACAAUUUUGAAAUACCAUCCACCAAUAUGUGACAAUGGGAAAACGUUACGAGACUCAAGUAAAUUAGAGAGUAUUUCUGAAAAUUUACGUGUCAUUUCUCAAUUACUAUUGCUACCUAAUCUCGUCGCUCCAAAAAAUAGAUACAAGAAUGACAAUCCUAGCUUAAAUAAUAAGAGAUGUACUGUGACUGGAGCUAAAGACAGCCUGGUGGUCCUCGUUAAAGAUGCUAGCGAAUUAGAAAAAAAACAAGAGGAAAUUAAAAAGUUAUCCAAAAAUCAACCUGUUCAACCUCACAUUGUUGCUAUUGGAUCUAUUUCUCCGGGAAAGAUAACCGAAAUCUACGUUUCCGUUGACAGUUAUUUUUAUUCAGUUUCAUCGGCAAUAGAAGCAAUAGAUAUUUGUUUCAAACUUUUUCACAUACUAAAUGCUGAGUAUCCACCUCCAAGUUUACACAUCUGGACACUUAUCCAGGAAGGAAUAUAUCACCUUGAAAUUCCCAAUGCCGCCCGAAUCCCGUACAUUGAAAAACUACUGAAUCUAUUGAAGAAGAGCUCAAUUCUUAAUAGAGAUCAGAGACAAGACGACACUUAAAAUGGUGAUGUU